CAAAUUAAAAAAAAGAGCUGUAAAAAUGUUUCGUUGGGAAACAAAUUUCAGAAAUCGACUCAAAAAGAAUGCAAGUACUUGAACAGUCUAAUAACUUAUAAAUGUUUCAAAACAUCAAAGAUCCAUCUACUCAAAAAGGCACCAAGCCCAGCCAGUUUUAAGGUUUUCUACCUAAUGUUCCAGAAACAGUGUCCUAACUCAUACAAUGAGGGUAGCGUAAUCUUGGUAAAAAACAGAGCCAGAUUAUUAGCCCCCCAAAUUCAGCAGUGUAUUAAACCGCAUCAUCUUGCUUAAGGUUUAUAAAAAGAGUGCAUUCAUGAUUCAUCAGGAAAGCAAUUUAUAAAGUACAGUAAAAAAAAUCAAACGAGAAAAGUCUUCAUCUUUAUAGCGUAAAGCUUAAAGUUCAGCUGACAAAAAAAAGUAAAAUUUAUUAUGUAUUUUUUCCAAAUCCUUGCAAAUUAGGAGUAAAACAGAAUUUCUAAAUAUUAGUAGAAUGAAGAACAUUUACCUUAGUCAAAAACAACUCAGAAUGCCCACUAUCAGGUUCUAGUUAACAGAAUAAAAUUUAAAUGUUCCAAAGGAGAAAGUAAAUGUCAAUAGUUACGGAUUACACAACUGUCUACUUAGAAAUUUCAAGGAGGUCCCCAGACAAAUUUAGAUAUAAGACCGAAGAACACUCCGGUCGCCCGGAACUCCAGCCCCACUCCCAGACCGCCGCUUGAGGGGAUGCGCAGGCGCGCGUCCUGCGCAGGCGCGCAGAACGCAGUGAAGGACUAUGGCGAGCCAGCGCUUCCCUACGCCGUUCCACGGGCACGUGGGCCGCGGCGCCUUCAGCGACGUGUACGAGCCCGCGGAGGACACGUUUCUGCUUCUGGACGCGCUCGAGGCAGCAGCUGCCGAGCUGGCGGGAGUGGAAAUAUGCCUAGAAGUAGGGGCAGGGUCUGGUGUAGUAUCUGCAUUCCUAGCCUCUAUGAUAGGUCCUCAGGCUUUGUACAUGUGCACUGAUAUCAACCCUGAGGCAGCAGCUUGUACCCUAGAGACAGCACGCUGUAACAAAGUCCACGUUCAACCAGUUAUUACAGAUUUGGUCAAAGGCUUGCUACCAAGAUUGAAGGAAAAAGUUGAUCUUCUGGUGUUCAAUCCCCCCUAUGUAGUGACUCCACCUGAAGAGGUAGGAAAGUCACGCGGGAAUAGAGCAGCUUUUGGGCUGGCCACGGUGACAGAAAAUGGUCGGGAGAGUCAUGGACAGGUUUUUCCCCCUGGUUCCAGGAUCUCCUUCACCAAGAGAUUAUUCUAUUGUUACAUUAAAAAAACAACCAGGUUAAUACAGACCAAUUUGAUUCGUUAA